UACAGGCACUCGCGGUUAGGAUGCCGUAAUGUCUAAUAUGCACUUAUACAAUAUGAAAUAAAUGUUGCAUAAAUCGCGAAAGAAAUAGAUAGGCCUAUUGCAUUGCAAACUGUUGCAGCGUCACAACAUUUACGUAGUCGUUGGACUUGGAAGGUAUUUUGACUUGGAGCUGUUUUCUGGAUUGCACUAUCAGGUACAGUCAACAUUUAAGGCGGCAGUGUAAACUCGCAUUCAUUCCCGACUGAUCCAAACCCGCCACACACAAUGAAGAAGAUUUCACCCAUCGGCAGACACUUGGCACGGCAUUUAAGGAAUAUCUCCACAACGACAACGAAAUGUCAAGAAGCCGCCUCGGUUCCGAGGCACGAAAAUGUCGCGCCGGUCCAACCGUGGGCGAGAUCCCCGGUCUGGUCUUGCAACGAAUGGGACCCCUUAGAGGAGGUGAUAGUCGGGAGGGCGGAGAACGCCAUCGUGCCGCAUCUUACUACGGAAUUGAAGGGUACCGUGAACGAGCAAUGGUGGCCAUUUUUGACCGAAAACGCGGGUAAAGCAUUCCCCAAGAAAUUUAUUGACGAAGCAAAGAAAGAAAUUAACGAAUUUUGUCAUAUUCUUGAACAAGAAGGGGUGAAGGUGAGACGACCUGAUGUUGUCGACUACAGUAAGACGUAUGAAACACCAGAUUUCAAGUCAACAGGUUUAUAUGCAGCGAUGCCACGUGACCUUCUGAUGGUCGUCGGAGAUGAGAUAAUUGAGGCGCCAAUGUCAUGGCGGUCCCGGUUCUUCGAAUACCAAGCCUACCGUACCCUGAUGAAGGAAUAUUUCAGAGGAGGUGCCCAGUGGACCACUGCCCCGAAAGCCAGCAUGUCGGACGAAUUGUAUGACCAGGACUAUGCCAAACUCUCCGAGAAAGAGCGCAGUGCUCUCGCGGCCAAAGGCACAUUUCUCACCACCGAGUUCGAGCCAUGUUUUGACGCGGCAGAUUUUGUGAGAGCGGGACGUGACAUCUUUGCACAAAAAAGUCAGGUCACUAAUGACAUGGGCAUCGACUGGCUAGAACGCCAUCUCGCGCCAAAGGGCAUCCGCGUCCAUCGUCUGACAUUCGCGGAUUCGAACCCGCUUCAUAUCGAUGCCUCGUUCUGUAUGUUAUCCCCUGGUCUUGUCAUCACCAAUCCGAUCCGGCCGUGUCUGCAGCAGGAGAAGUUUGAGCAGAUGGGAUGGAAGAUUGUCGAGGCACCCGCGCCGGUCAUGCCAGAAGGUCAUCCUCUGUGGUUCACGUCCAAGUGGCUCUCCAUGAACACCUUGAUGUUGGACGAGAAGAGGGUGAUAUGCGGGAAAGAGGAAGUACCGACACAGAAAAUGUUUGAGAAGCUAGGAGUAAAGUGCAUCACGCUCGACAUCAAGCAUGCCAAUUCAUUUGGAGGAGGAUUCCACUGUUGGACCUGUGACGUCAGACGGCGCGGUGUGAUGGACUCUUAUUUCAAUGCGUCCCAAUUUUACAACUAGAAGACGUCCAAAUAUCUUUUGGCUACCGCGUCUCCUUAGAAACGAUUUGGAGAUCAUUGACGCCGAAAUUCGGCUUGAAACGCUCUCUAUCGCGUAUGUGGAGAGUGGCUUUUAGUGUGCGGACGCAUUUUUGUUCCCUGGAGACGUACGGUGGCAGGAGCUUCCUUGUACAGACGGCCAGACAGCAUUGAGAUUAAAAAGGCUAGGACUGUUGCUAUUUUCAGGUGCGGGCUAAAAACCCAUCUGUUCAGACGACAUUUUGAAACACGGCAUUAGGCCUAGAGCAAAAUUUGGAUUUUGCGGUAUAUAAAUGUAAAUGUAAAUUCAAUUCAAUUCAAAUAAUGAACUAGUCUAUGUAUUGGUGGCAAUUCCGCUUUUUUGACAUAUUCAUUGGUAAAAAUAAACUUCCGAUCUG